AUGUCUACACGAUUGGAUUUGCAUAUUAGAAGACAUGCCAUCGAAGACAGCACACAGUCCGGGGAACCGAUCGGCAGAUCAUCUCAUGUCAGACACCAGUCAUUGAGUGCGACACCCGAUGACAGACAUCACAUGACACCAUUCAAUACUCCCGGCCCUUCAAUGCCAUUAUUAAUCACCACAAACACUACUUCCAGUGCCGACAGUCAAUGGCUGGACAUUAAGUACAAUAAUCUCAUCACAUCAUCCGAUGCCGGAGACCAGUCCUGGAGUAGAGCACCCGAUGGCAGACAACAGAUGCCAACAAUCAGUACAACUAAUCCGACAUUCAUCACAACAACCACUUCUAGCGCCGACAGCCAAUUGGUGGACACUAUUAGCGAUAAUGAUUCUGACUCUGAUGUUGAACUCAUUGGUAGCGUUGGGCCCAAACGGUCCGCACGUAAUGUGGACAUACAGGCGCCGCCGUCGCGGUCGGUCGACUACAAGUGUCGAGUUUGUGGCGAAGGGUUCAAAAGUGGACGAGCACUUGGCCGCCACAUGAGGUGUCAUCAGCCGCAGAGAGCCGGCCAACCGGCGCCCCCUUCGUCGGCGCCCAUCAACACUACCACACUGUCAGUCCCGCCAAAGCGCAGCUACUCGUGCCCACACAUAGGGUGUGGCAAAUCGUUCACAAACCAGGGACUCGUAUAUUGGCACAUGAGUAAAGAGCAUCGCGCUAACGGCACCGCAUCGUCGGCCCACCGGUACCGCCGCCGCAAAUGGUAA